AUGGCGGCCUCCACCUCCUCGUCGUCGGGCGACCUGCGCGAGCUCGUGACCUCCCAGGGCGCCGCGACCGUCUACCCGUCCGACGAUGCCAUCCUGGCGACCCUCCACCAGCGCUUCCGCGCAGACCUUCCUUAUUCGCGCAUCGGCUCCCAGCACUUGGUCGUCGUCAACCCGCAGAAGAAUAUGGCGAACACCAACGACGCCUCGGCCCACGAGUACGAGGAACGGUGUUACAAGGACACCACCCUCGCCGUCGCAGGCGCCGCGCAGCCGCCAUUACCGCCGCACGCUUACGAGCUUGCCGCCCAGGUCUACCUUCUCAUGCGCAGGAGAAGCGAGAGCCAGGCCGUCGUCUUUCGGGGAAUCACCGGCUCUGGCAAGUCGUACAACCGUGAUCUGCUCGUCAACCAGGUCUUGCGGUUAAGCGCACACUCGAAACGAGAAGCCAGACUGGCGGACCAGGUCCGCGCACUCGGUCCGCUGCUCGACUCGUUCGGCAACGCAAAGACGCUGUUGAGCGCCAACGCUUCCAGGCAUGGGCGGUACACCGAGCUGCACUUCAACGACCGCGGCCGCAUCACCGGCGCUCAGAUUCUCACAUACGGCCUCGACAAGUCCCGUCUCACACGCCUCCAUCACGAGGAGCGCACUUUCCACGUCUUUUACCAGUUGCUGGCCGGCGCUACUCCCCAAGAACGAGACCAGUUCAAUCUGGAGGAUCCGUCUGACUAUGCUCUCCUCGCGUCUUCUGGUUGUUACCGCUUGCCGUCUGGUCCGUUCAGCGACGACGCGAUGGCGAUGGACGGCCUGCGUGAUUCUAUGCGCACGCUCGGCUUCAAGCCGAAGCACAUCAACUCGAUCUUUGGCCUUCUUGUCGCGAUCCUCCAGCUUGGCAACGUCCAGUUCUGGGAGAGCGACGGCAAGGAUGUCUCCGCCUACGUCGCGAACAUGCCUCUGGUUGAGCAGAUCGCUCGGCUAUUGGGUGUCGGUGCAGAGGAUCUCGCGCAGGUACUUACGAAUAAGACGAGCUAUGUUCGCAAGGAGCUCUACAGCGUCAUGAUGAACGUCGAACAGAGCCAGGCUCAGCGCACCCAGUUCAUGCGCGAUACCUACGCCAUGCUCUUUGCCUUCGUUGUCGAGACCGCCAACCACCGUAUUGCGCCCGGUCCUGAGGACCAGCUUCCGCAUACGCAGAUCGUCUUGCUUGACCAGCCUGGCUUCCAGUCCAAGGGUCCCGUCGGCACCAGCUCGGCCAUGUUCGGCGCAACACCGCUCGUAUCAGCACACGGCUUGAACGGCUUCGACGAGUUCUGUAUCAAUUUUGCGGAUGAGCUUCUGCAUUCGUAUGUCGUUCGCGCGACGUUCGAGGACAGCGUGGGCUACAACUCGAUCGUGACGGGUGAUGGCGUGGCGUUACCGGCCAUCACGACCAUGGAUAAUUCUGGAGCUGUCGAACUGCUGCGCGGCGCUCAGCUUAGUGAGCGUGCACACAAGAAGUCUGGCGGCAUGCUCGGAGUGUUCGGCAAGGCGUGCACGACGCACAAGUCGGGCAAGUCUUCUGAGAAGAAAGACGAGGAUCUCCUGCAGGACCUCGUUGCGCGGUUCGGUGUACACGCGUCCUUCGUUACGGCUCCCAGCGUCAAUACUUUCGAGGGCAACAACAGCUUUGGCGUGAACCACUAUGCUGGGCCAUGCAACUACGACGUGGCCGGUUUCGUCGAGAAGGACACGGACCUGCUCGACUCCGCGUUUGUCUCGCUCAUGCGUAGCAGCUCUGAUCCCUUCGUCGCGAAGCUGUUCGCCGGGCCAUCCUUAGCUGCGGAGCGGCACUCGAAGGACGAGAGCAUCAUCGUGCAGGCUCAGGUCUCCUCACGCCCACUGCGCUCACCCACGCCUAUUCCGCUUGCCGAUGGCACUAUCCCGGAGGAACACCCACGGCUCGACCCUGCGAAGAUUUACCCUGUCACGACGCAACUCAACUAUGCUAUCUCCGAGGUCGUCGCGUCGCUCGACCGUGCACAUCUUUGGACUGUAUCUGCUAUUCGACCGAACGACUCCGGCUCUGCAAAUAGCUUCGACCGCAGGCGUGUCAAGGCGCAGAUCAGGUCCUUGUUGCUGCGGGAUAUUGUCUCGCGGCGUUCACACGGCGACUUCACGGUCGACUACGAGCAGACGGCGUUCUGCGAUCGCUAUGUGCCGACGAUGGGCGGGAGCGAGGAGGAGCGUGUGCGGCAAUGCGCACAUGCGAACGGCUGGAAGGAGGGCGUCGACUACGCGCUCGGUCACCGGUUGAUCUUCCUCACAUACGGCGCAUGGAAGAUGGUCGAGGACGGUCUUCGUGCGGUUGAGAAGGCCGCUCGCGGCGGUCAACUCGAUGACGAGGCCAGCGCCUAUGCUCCCGAUGACCAGUCUGAGUACUCGCAUCGCGAUCCGUUCAACAACCCGGUGUCGCAGGAGAGCACGGACAACCUCAUGGCGCGCUCAAUGGAGCCUGCGGGCUACGCCGAGGGCGGACUGCUCACGCCCGGCAUGACCGCGAACCCCUUCCGCAACGAGCAAGACAGCGGUUGGGAUUCGCACGACGAGUACGAUAAGAAGGAGAUCCCCGGAGACGAGGGCGUGCCGGGUUUGACGGGCGAGAAGGCAGGGAUGGUCGUGAACAACGCGCCGAAUGCUGUCGAGGAGGUUCCGACAAGCCGCACGCGCCGAUGGUGGCUCUACCUCGUCUGGGCGACGACGUGGUGGAUCCCGACGUUCUGCCUGACGCACGUCGGGCGGAUGAAGCGGCCUGAUAUCCGGCUGGCGUGGAGAGAGAAGAUCACGAUCUUCUGGCUUAUCUUCCUCUUCAACGCUAUGGUCAUCUUCUACAUCGUCGGCUUGUCGCGCUUGUUGUGCCCGGACCAGGAUAAGGCUUGGAACUUGUCGGAGCUGGCGGGAUUCACGUCCGAUAACGCGUUCUAUGUGGGCGUUGCAGGCAAAGUAUACGAUGUCUCCAACUUCGUGCAGGGCCAGCACUCCGAUAUCUCUGGCGAGAACAGUAACACGGACGAUGUGCUCGAGGAGCUUGCGGGUCAGGACUUGACGAACUACUUCCCCGUUCCGCUCUCGCUCGGUUGCCCGGAUCUCGUUACCGACACUUCGCUCGAGCUCAGCUACGCGAACUGGACUGCCGUCGAGCCCACCGCCGUACACACCUCUGGUGCUCUUGCGACCGACUCGAGCUCAAAGCUCGCACAGAAGGACUGGUACACCGCGCGCUUCCAACCGACGAUCAAGGAGUUCUACAAGGGUACGCUCGUAUACGACAAGAGCGCACUGGAGUCCGGCGCGAGCGACGACGACUCGAAGAAGUACUGGGCCUUCAUCAACAACAAGGUGUACGACCUCACAGAUUACGUCUACACCGUCAACUACCAGACGAACAACGACAAGUACCAGUUCUUGGACGAGAGCAUCUCGGAUCUGUUCCAGCAGCGCUCGGGGCAGGAUAUCACGGACGCGUUCAAGACGGCGAUGGGCAAGCUCGAUAGCGAUACGCAGAGCAAGAAUAUGGCGUGCUUGAAUAACGUGUUUUAUCGCGGCGAGUCGGAUUUCAGGAAGACGGCGAGGUGCCAGGCUGCGCCUAUCAUCAUUCUUGUGUUCUCGAUUAUCUUGACGUCGUCUAUCUUCAUCAAGUUCUUGGCUGCGCUCCAGCUCUCGGGCAAGCGCCAGCCCGAGCUCCAGGACAAGUUCGUUAUCUGCCAAGUCCCGUGCUACACUGAAGGCGAGGACUCUCUCCGCCGCACGAUCGACUCGCUCGCCAACCUGCACUACGACGACAAGCGCAAGCUCAUCCUCAUCAUCUGCGACGGCAACAUCAUCGGAUCCGGCAACGACCGCACCACCCCCCGCAUCGUGCUCGAUAUUCUCGGCGUGGACCCCAAACUCGACCCCGAGCCGCUGCUGUUCAAGUCCGUCGGCGAAGGCUCGAAGGCGCUCAACUACGGCAAGAUCUACUCGGGAUUGUACGAGUUCCAGGGACACGUUGUGCCGUAUAUGGUCGUCGUCAAGGUUGGCAAGCCCACGGAGCGUUCGAAGCCGGGUAAUCGUGGCAAGCGUGAUUCGCAGGUGCUGGUCAUGCAGUACUUGAACCGCGUGCAUUUCGAUAGCCCGAUGUGUCCGCUUGAGCUGGAGAUUUAUCAUCAAAUGAGGAAUGUUAUUGGGAUUGACCCCGCUUUCUAUGAGUAUAUCUUUACGGUGGACGCUGAUACGACGGUGCAUCCUGAUGGUCUCAACCGGCUUGUGGCCAGUGCGGCGGACGAUUCAAAGAUUAUCGGCAUCUGCGGCGAGACGCGUCUGGAGAACGAGGACGAUUCGUGGUGGACGAUGAUCCAGGUCUACGAGUACUACAUCUCGCACCACCUUUCCAAGGCCUUCGAAUCGCUCUUCGGCUCCGUCACUUGCUUGCCCGGCUGUUUCUCGCUUUACCGUAUCCGUACGGCGGACAAGGGUCGCCCGAUCAUCAUCUCGAACCGUGUUAUCGACGAGUACGCCGAGCCGCUCGUGGACACGCUACACAAGAAGAACUUGUUCUCGCUCGGAGAGGAUCGGUUCUUGACGACGUUGUUGCUCAAGCAUUUCCCGACGUUCAAGACCAAGUUCAGCCCUGACGCUCAGGCGCGUACCGUUGCGCCUGAGAGUUACCGUGUGCUGUUGUCCCAGCGUCGUCGUUGGAUCAACUCGACGGUGCACAAUCUGGCUGAGCUCAUCUUGUUGCCUGAGCUGUUCGGCUUCUGCUGCUUCUCUAUGCGGUUCUUUGUGUUUGUCGACUUGCUCGGCACGGUGAUCUUGCCUUCGACGGUCGUCUACCUCAUAUACCUCAUCGUCGUCGUAUCCCUUGGCGACGCGGCUUUCCCGCUCAUCUCCAUCAUCCUCAUCGCGGCGACAUACGGUCUACAGGCGCUCAUCUUCAUCAUCAAGCGCGAGUUCAUGCUCGUUGGAUGGAUGGUCGUUUAUAUCCUGUCGUACCCGGUGUACUCCUUCCUCUUGCCCGUGUACUCGUUCUGGCGCAUGGACGACUUCGGUUGGGGUAACACUCGUCUCGUCAUCGGUGAGGGUAACAACAAGAAGGUUAUUAUCAAUGAGGACGAGAAGUUCGAUGACUCGAUGAUCCCGCUCAAGAAGUUCAGCGAAUACGAGGCCGAAGCGUGGGAGACAGGCUCGCUCGCGCCAACCCAGAGGACCGGCGUGUCCAAGCCGCCCAUCCCUGGUUCACGUCCCGAAUCACCGCACUCCUACUCUGGCGACUACUACCGUGACACGAACGCGAUGAACAAGAGCGCCUCACGCAGCCAGAUCUCGCACUCGAACCAGAGCAUGCAUCAACAACCCGCACCAGCGAUGUCGCAGUACGGCGCACCCGGCUUCCCUGCGCUCCCGAUGAUGCCGUUCCAGCACUCGGGUUACGCGGGCUCGGCGCACGGGUCGGAAUACGGCGGUAUGGCCCCUCCGAUGCAGAUGCCCAUGCAGAUGCAAGGUACGGGCAGCAUGUACGGAAUGAUGCCGCCCGGCGCGAUGAUGGGUGGCUUCGCCCCGCCUAUGUUCCCUGGCGCGAGCAAUAUGAGCGCUACGGGCUCCAUGGGUGGACCGUUCCAGGGCGCGGCUGCGGGUCACAGGCCGAUGAGCACGUUCUCGUUCGCGACGAAUGUCAAUCCGUUCGCGGCGCCGAGUGAGAGCGAGAACCCGACGGAUGAGGAGCUCGUGCAGGCGUUAAGGAAUUACCUCAGCACGCAAGAUUUGAUGACUGUCACGAAAAAGACGACCCGCGAGGCCAUCAUGGCGCGCUUCCCGAAGGCGGAUCUCGCAUCGAGGAAGGCGUUCUUGAAUGAGUCGAUCGACAAGAUCCUGUCUGAGGCGUAG